AUGGCACAGAACAGAAUCAGUGAACCUGAAGCACCCGCUCGUGUGGCGAAUGAGGCUGCUAUCAAUGGCCCCUUCUUGUCGAGCACAGUAAACCAAGAGAAUUCGAUAUUGGACGAGUGGCGUGGGAUGGAGGAUACUACGACCCCUCGGCUUCUGAGCCGCAAUCCCGGAGAUUUGAUCCCUCGUCGCUGGGGACACAAAUGGAAAACUCAGGGUGGUGUCAAAAGUGCAACACUGGACUCGACCGAUGCUGGGACUUUUGCUGCAGUUGCCGCUUUGACCAUCUUAUCGCGCUCAGAGAAAUUCAUCACAAACUACCUGAGGAAUCUCUCAAUAUCAAAAGGAUCCACUACUGUAUUCGCUGUCCAUGCACCGCAAUCAAAUUUGCAACAGCUCUUUGACGAAAUUCGACGCCUGCCUUCAACAAAUGUAGGAUGCAUCUCUGAGUGUCCAUCUCCUCGACAUGAUAUGUCUCUAUCUCUCCUGAACAUUCCGUCGUCGGUCCACCAUCGCAUCUGGCAUUCCAGCAUUCCUGGAAGGCAAAAGGCGCAGGUCGGCCGCUGGUACUCGAAAGAGCAGAUAAACGAUGAAAAACGGCCUUUUGUGCCCUUCAUGGCUCCAAAAUGGGAUGACGGAACUUCAAACGAACCGAUACCAACGCUCCCUCCCGAUUUGCAUGAUAUUCAGGCCAAUGUAUCCUCGUUAUUCUACUUCACCGACGAUAUGGCCGAAGGGUUAUCUGCUGCUCUUGACCAUCGUCUACCCCGCAUAAGCAAGGCAAGAAGUGCAUAUAAAUCCUUUAUUUUACUCACCUGUGGAUCAGAUGGGUGUUACUGCUUCGUCAACCCCUUUUGUCACUGGUCGUCCAUUCACCUUUUAUCACAAGGAGCCUUUCACUCCUCUGGAGCCUUUGGAGUAGCGCUCUGCAACCACGAAAGGCCUGAAAUCAAAGUCAAUCUCUCGAAUCUUUUCAAGAUAGGAGAAGACUAUACGAUUACAAGUGCAUCCUCAAACUUGAUAUACACGAUCAAUGAGCAACCUGCGGCAGAUGUUCUGAUGAAGAUUGUUACUUCUCGCACAAGGCCUGUUGAAACUGCAGAGCCGGAGAAGGUCUAUCUAGGCGUACUCGAUGGGCAAGAGAUUCAACGAGUACUCUCAGUAUCCGCUGGCUCACCUUCUCGAGGGGCACUGCUGCUAGACGCUGAAACAGCUCCCCGAGUCGGACAAACCGUGGCGUUCCUUACCAGUGUUCAGUCACCUUCUCUCGUCCCCAGCACUCUCGACUCUUCAUCGAUUCAGAUCGAGGCCAUGUGUCUCUCUCCUGAGGAAUCACAAACUCAGCUUCCUGCCGAAGAGAUGGCCCAGGACGUCGUCUUGCAAAACCGUUUCCAAAUAGCCACCGAUAAUGGCUUUGCCGUGGACAGUGGGCAUGGUCUUUGGCACUGCAAAAUCCCUGGAACUACAGCAUCUUUCAAACUCGGGAUCACGACAGAGCAAAAAACAACGGCAUCUGAGCGGUAA